UGAUUUUAAUUUUUGUUCAAUUGUUUUUAUUGGAUAUCUUAAUCAGUGUUUUGCUUGUUAAUUGGGUUUCAAUCAUCAAUCCUCUCUUUGUCACAAUCGAGAAAGUUUUCUUGUUCACUCUCUCUUUGAAAAAUGAUUUUCUGUUAAAAGGCAUUUUCUUGAAUAUUUAAAAAUACACCUUUUAUCUUUCAAAAAAAAAAAAAAGAAUCUACACCUUUUAAUCUAUUUUCACAAUCAUAUUAUUUGGAGUUAUUACAUCUUUCAAUAAUUGAUUUGGCUAUUGGAUACCUCAAUAAGUUACAAAUAAAUCAAGUGAUAAAAAAAAAAACACCAUUCUCAAUCUUUUUCGCAUUAUAAAUUUUAUAUUCAUUAUACAUCCACUACUUCAUAGUUACGUCCUAUAUAAGCAGUCAACUUUCAUUUUCAGAAUACAUACGUACAAGCAUAGAUUAUUAUGUGACGGCUAAUUAAUUAAAAUAACGAUAGUAUCACAAUCACUAGUUGAAAAUAAUGCAUUAGAAAUUAAGAUUAGAUUAUCAAUAUUACUCUUACUAGUAAUUAUAUAGGGCCCAAUUGAUCAUCUCAGGAAAUGAUGGUUUUGGAAUUAUGUAGUACAAUAAUGACGACAUCCUGUGCACACUCUUUCCAUUAUUUUGGCUGAUAUUCUACCAUUUCAAAUCUAAAUAUAGGAUUCCUCGUUUACUCCACCUUAACCACCAAAUACAAUAGAAAACCAUGUUGUCUAGAGCAUUAUGCUGCUAUAUUUCCUUUCCAUUUGAUCAAUUUCUUACAACUUCAAUAGAAAAUUCUACAUGUAAUUGUGAGUAUGUAACACAAAACCUUGGUAUAGACAUCUUAUUAAAGUAUAAAAUCGCGGCGAUUUUAUCCAUUUUAAUAGCAAGUGCUAUAGGUGUUACAUUUCCUAUAGUAGGGAAGAAUUUUCCCAUUUUACACCCGCAGAGUAAAUUGUUCUUCUUGAUCAAGUCAUUCGCGGCAGGGGUAAUUUUGUCCACGGGUUUUAUCCAUAUAUUACCUGAUGCCUUUGAAGACCUUAACAGCCCUACACUUAAGGACACCCCUUGGGGUAAGUUCCCCUUCACUGGCCUUGCGGCCAUGGUUGGGGCGCUUGGGUCAUUGAUGAUAGAUGCUAUCGCCACGGGGCAUUAUCGUAGGGCCCACUUCGGUGAGCAUUCGGGUUCGGCUGAUGGGGUUGUUGUGGAGGAGACAAGUGAGGAGCAUGCUGGUCAUGUUCAUCUUCACACCCAUGCUACACAUGGUCAUGCUCAUGGUCCUGGUCCAUUGGAAGCGAACUUGGAUGGUUUGACUGACUUUGAUCGUAUCAGAUAUAAGAUUACUUCACAGGUACUGGAGAUGGGAAUUGUAGUUCACUCAAUUAUCAUUGGCAUAUCACUAGGUACGUCUCAGAGCCUUGACACGAUCAAGCCUCUCAUCGUAGCAUUGUGUUUCCAUCAGUUUUUCGAAGGCAUUGGACUUGGUGGUUGCAUUGCACAGGCAGCUUUCAAAUCUGGAUCCACAUUGUGCAUGGCUUUAUUUUUCUCCCUCACAACUCCAGUGGGAGUAGCAAUUGGUUUCGGAAUUACAAAUGUUUACGAUGAUAGCAGUCCAACAGCUUUAGUCGUGCAAGGAUUGCUAAACUCAGUCGCUGGUGGAAUAUUGAUUUACAUGGCUCUUGUCGAUCUUCUAGCUCAAGAUUUCAUGAACUCAAAGGUGCAGACCAACACUAGGCUCUUCUUUGGCGCCAAUGUAACCUUGCUUCUUGGUGCCGGGAUCAUGGCCCUCUUGGCAAUAUGGGCUUAAUUUUUUCCCUACACAUAGUUUAAUAAAAGCACUGCGCUACAUAUAGAUGUAUUGAUUCAUUGAUUGUUUUUUUUUCCUUUUUCUUCCUUUGAUUGGGGUUGAUUAUAGUAAUUCUACAUUGAUGUUAUCAACAAGGCAUGAUUUUUUGCUGCAAGUUGAAUAUAAUCCCUACAUCUUCAGUUACACGUUACACUAAUAAAAAUCAUAAUUAACUAAGUUUGCAUACUA